AUGAUGCUGAUGCUUGUGGCCGGCAUGCUGUUCGGCGUGCUCGUCUCGUUUGGGUAUCGCCUGACUCCUUUGCUGUCCAGCCCUAGGAAAGUCACUCUAUCCUUUUCCCCAGCCUCACUCCGAAUGGGGGAGAUCAUCCUGGCUAUCAUGGCGAUGAUCGUGAAACCUAUUUUGUAUGCGAUACCCGGAUUUCCGCGCGUAAAGUCUUCCGGACUAGAGCUCGACUCGCCUUUCAUCAUAGAUGCGGAAGACGUCGCUCGAUAUCAACUAGCAGUUGGACAAGGAAUUGGCGCAGGAUCAAGGAUUCCACCAGCUCAACUCAUGCUUUUUCUGUCCGCUAUGACUGAGCCCGCGAUGCUUCUCCUCCUCGCAAGCCCCUGGUGUCCAAUCAGUCCCCUGGGUGCCGUCAACGUCCGCAACAGGUUCGAGAUACUACGCCAGGAUCUAUGCCACGUAGCGACGUUUGUGGGUAUGAGGUCAGCUAAUUUGAAGGCUAUAGUACACAAAAACCCAAGACAAGCAAAACGAGGUAUCGAGUGGGAUUUGGAGGUCAUGAUCAAUAUUCCCACAGGGAGGAGCGAUGGGACUGUGGAUACCAUAUUUCGCCAAAUCUUCACCAUGCUAGAGUUCGGCAAAGUACAACCCAAGAAGGUUUCACAAAAUUCUGAUGAGACAACGCCUAGCAUGGUGACAACCCCUUUGUUCGAAAGCACCACGCAGGUAUCGCUGUCCGUGGACGAUCCGCUGAGAUGGGCUGCAAUUUGCAAAGACUAUAACUUCAUACACCUGUCAGGGUUGGCUGCGAAGGUUUUCGGUUUACCAGGAAAGAUAGCGCACGGAAAUCACGUCGUCGCCAAAGCUCUGCAGCGUGUGCCAAAUUUGGGAGGCUCAACAUUCCUGCUAGAUACAUCGUUGUGGAUGGAAGUGCAUUUCAAGAGGCCGAUGGUUGUGCCUGGUGUCUUUGAUGUCAGUCUCCACAAGUCUAGCCAAACUAGCAAUGAUUUUUCUGUCUCUCGUUCAGGGAAAGACUAUGCUACAGCCGAGUAUGGUAGUCUACAGUUGUGA